AUGGGGCAGGCCAACAUCUGCGGCGCCCGCGGCGCUGUCGGCCCUGCUCCCGCCAUGCAGGCACAGCCCGGGGCCCCUGGCCCCGUGGCUCCUGGUGCCCGUCGCGGGCUCUGGCGCAGGGCAGCCUCCCGGCCCCCGCCGCCCCUCGGCACCUUCGUCUGCAGUGGGAGCACCCAGCUCCUGCUCACCCUCCCUGCGCAGGUGACGCGGCACCAGCGCACGCGCCAAAGGCACCUCCUGCUCUUCCCCCACGCGGUCGCCAUCGCCAGCUUCAAGUGCGGCUCCAUCUUCUGGCUGAAGCACCGCGUGCGGCUCAGCGAGCUCUGGGUGCUGUGCAGCGAGGAGGCAGCCACAGCCAGGCCUGAGGAGGAGGAGGAGGAGGUCUUUGGCCUCAAGUGCAGCCGCACCCUCAUCCUCGUCUGGCCCACCAACCUCUGCGUGGUGACCUUUGGGUCGCAGGAGGCGAAGCAGCUCUGGCUGGACACGAUGCUCCGGCAGAGCCCAGGAGCCCCAGGAGCCAGGCUCACCCGACUGCCCUCCCUGCAGCUCCUCACCAAGGUCAUUGGCUUCUACAGUCCCGUAAGUGUCCUCACACUCGCCGCUCUGCCCCAACAGUGGCUCACCUUCCCCAAACCCACCCUCGCACAAGUUUCUCAUGGCGCCUCUUUGCUCUCUUGCCUAGGAGAUGUCACUGACAGCGGCGACCGUGGAGACGCUGAUUUCGGUAGAGCCCUUGGACCACCCCCGCUUUUCCUGGCAGCCUCUCCCACAUGCCUGCAUUGCUGCAGCAACAUCGCUGGAGCAGCUCCCUCGAGGCCCCCACUGAGGAGGGGCGGCUCUGUAACCAUCAGCCCUUUCUCACAGGCUGACGCCAAGAAAGGCCCCCGCUUGGACCCUUCCGACGGCGAAGAGGCACUUGGCCACUCGGCUGCAGAGGGAGCGAAGGCAAGAAGGCAGGUGAUCUCCUGGCCACUUGCUCGGCGAGGAACCUCUGCCAGCAGGGCCUGCCCUGUCCCAGGGCAGCUCGCCUCUGGCCCCAGGGCGGCUCUCUUUGGCCAGCCUCUGGCAGCUCUCUGCGGGCAAGACGGGGGCCUGCCCCAGCCAGUCCAGGAGCUCCUGGCUAUACUGUAUGAGAAAGGGCCUGCCACCGAGGGCAUCUUCAGGAAGGCGGCGAGCGAGAAGGCCCGCAAGGAGCUGAAGGAGGUCCUAAACCAGGGCAAGAGCGCUGACCUGGACAGCAGACCCGUGCACCUCCUGGCAGUGGUGCUGAAGGACUUUCUUCGGGAUAUCCCCUCCAAACUCCUCGCGGACAGCCUCUACGAGGAGUGGAUGCAAGCGCUGGAGAAGCCAAGCCAGCAGGACAAAAUUGACAAGCUGAAGGAGGUGGCCGACAGCCUGCCCACAGCAAACCUCCUGCUGCUCCAGCGCUUGCUCACUGUGCUGCGUCACAUCAGCGAAAACGUGGAGACCAGCAAGAUGGACACCAGCAACCUUGCGAUCUGCGUGGGGCCAAAUAUGCUGAGCCCCGGCACGGACAACGUGCUCACGCUGGCAGAGCUGAAGGAGAGGAACGACAAGGUGACAGCCCUGGUGGCGUUCCUAAUAGACAACUGCCGAGCAAUAUUUGGGGAGGACAUCACCUUGCCCUUCAGUCCCUCGGCCCAGGAGUCACCGGAGCACACCAACAGCUCCACAGGUAGGAGGAGGCACUGAUGGUUGUGCCAGGCCAGGGCUGCUGGUUUGCAGUCUUGCCUUGCAUAGCAGAAGACAGAAGGCUGUGGCAAUGCAGAGAGCUGCAGACACUUGAACAUGGUAGUGCAGUGGUUGCCCCCUGGAACACUUUCCAAAGGACAGCACUCCCAGAACAGCAUUCCUCCCAGAUGGGAAACGUCUGUGCACUUCUGCUCCUCUCCUAGUUGCUAACGCUGGCCUAGAAGUGCACUCUCACAGGACAUUGUCCUCGGGGGUCCUUGUUUUCCUAGGGUGCGUGGUUCCACAGCGAAAGCCCCCUUGUAUCUUCAGGUGGCCCCUAACAA